AUGUCUAGCAGCGAAAUACCGCAGGAGGAUAAUAGCUUCAUAUGGCUCGUUAAUCGCCGUUCCGUCGACGAUGGCGAAGGCAAUGCUUUCGUAGACGGACCAUUCUUAAACACCGAUCACGAUCACACUCUUAUUUGUGCUGCACUACGGCGACACGGCAUCUCAGCCGAUGAUUUUGGCAGCAUCUUGCAGCGUCUGUUCGACCCCAGGAAGGCGCGGAAACCGCACAAAGAGUCCUACGGCGCGAGCUAUAACAUGGUCUCACUCAGACGUGAAACCAAGCAAGAUGUAGCCAAAGCUAUUCGAGCAACUGCCACUGGCGACGGGCUAGAUCUGUAUACAGUCAGAAUCCCAGCGACGCAAGGCCCUGAUGGUGAAGAUUUGGCCGAAACCACUCUUGACUUUACUACAGAGAGCGUUUUACUGAGUGGCGGGAAGUACUUCAAUCUUGGCUUGAACGCAAACCCGCCCAAGACUUUCCUGACCUUGGCUGAAGCCAUUGAGCAUGCUAGGGUGCAGUUGAAAAAAGGCAUAAAUUCUGAAUACGACAUAGCGUACGAGGGGUUUGAGAAGCCAAUCUGCCGUGUUGCCGCCGGUGGAGUCGACUGGGAACCUCUCUGCAACAGGGCCUAG